CGGCUGCGGGGCCCGGGCAUGAGCUGGUGGUCGCGCCCGCCGCGAACCUGAGAGACGCCGACAUGAACCUGCACCAGGUGCUGACCGGGGCCGUGAACCCCGGCGACCACUGCUUCUCGGUGGGCAGCGUCGGUGACCAGCGCUUCACGGCUUAUGCAUCUGGAUGUGACAUUGUAAUACUGGGAAGUGAUUUCGAAAGAUUACAGAUAAUCCCAGGAGCUAAGCAUGGGAAUAUUCAAGUGGGAUGUGUAGACUGUUCAAUGCAACAAGGCAAGAUUGCAGCAUCUUAUGGAAAUGUUAUUUUUGUUUUUGAACCAAUUAGUCUACCGAAGCAAAAGAAAAAUUUGGAAAUUUAUAGUCAGUGGCAAAAAAGUGGCCAGUUUUUUCUGGAAUCAAUAGCACACAAUAUAACUUGGGAUCCCACAGGCAAUCGUCUUUUAACUGGGUCUGGCUGUUUACAGCUCUGGUGCAAUACUAACGUGCAGAAGCAAACUGAAGUUGGAAAUCCAGAUAAAACAGAUCUUAACUUUGGAGAAUGGAGAUGCAUUUGGCAUUGCAAAACUGCUUCUCAAGUUCAUUUAAUGAAAUUUUCACCAGAUGGAGAAUUUUUUGCCACUGCUGGAAAGGAUGACUGUCUUUUAAAGGUAUGGUAUAAUGUAGAAAACUGGCGGCCAGCUGUUACGUCUCCUGAUGGAAGCACAGAAAAGCAGUCCCAAGGAGAAAUUGACUUUUCUUUUGUUUAUCUGGCCCACCCUCGAGCUGUAAAUGGAUUUUCCUGGCGUAAAACAAGCAAAUAUAUGCCAAGGUCUUCUGUAUGCAAUGUACUAUUGACUUGCUGCAAAGAUAAUGUAUGUCGUCUUUGGGUAGAAACUUUUUUGCCAAAUGAUUGUUUGCUAUAUGGAGGCGACUGCAACCAUUGGUCUGAACCAAUUAAUUUAACAAAUAACUUGAAGAGGAAUGCUUCCAGCAAAGAGCGAGUCCAGAAUGCUCUAGAAGUAAAUCUGAAGCAUUUUCGCAGAGGUCGGAGGAGAUCACUGGCACUUGUAGCACAUACUGGCUAUCUGCCUCAUCAGCAAGAUCCUCAUCAAGCCCACAGAAACACUCCACUGCACGCCAAUGCACUUUGUCACUUUCAUAUUGCAGCCAGCAUCAACCCAGCCACAGACAUUCCACUUCUACCAUCUAUUACAUCUUUGAGUUUAAGUGAAAGUGAAGAGAAAAGUGGACCUUUUGUAGUACACUGGUUAAACAACAAAGAGCUGCAGUUUACAUUGUCCAUGGAAGUCUUCCUACAGCAACUUAGAAAAAGUUUUGAACAGUCUACUUCUGAGGCUAGUGUAGAAGACUGCAAUCAAGCAGAUGUAAAAUCUGAUGAAGAAAUGGAUGAUGGUGUUGGUGGCUUAAAAAUGAGUCAUGAAAAGAAGGAAUUGAAUGAAGAUAAAAUUAUACCAAAUUCAAGUUCUUCUUCAUUACCAUCAGCUGCAGUUGAUCAUCAGAUUGAAGUGCUUCUGUCUGAAUGGAGUAAAAAUGCAGACAUGCUUUUCAGUAUUCAUCCCAUGGAUGGUUCUUUACUAGUUUGGCAUGUAGAUUGGCUAGAUGAAUACCAGCCCGGUAUGUUUCGUCAAGUACAGGUGUCCUUUGUUUCCAGAAUUCCUGUAGCUUUCCCCACAGGUGACGCAAACUCCCUUUGUAAAAGCAUAGUAAUGUAUGCUUGUACCAAGAAUGUUGACCUGGCUAUUCAACAAGGAAAACAAAAACCGUCUAGCCUCACUCGUUCUACAUCAAUGCUCAUCUCUUCUGGUCAUAACAAAUCAUCCAGUAGUUUAAAAUUAAGUAUUUUCACCCCUAAUGUUAUGAUGAUUUCAAAACAUGCUGAUGGUUCUUUGAAUCAGUGGCUGGUCAGUUUUGCUGAGGAGUCUGCUUUUUCUACAGUUCUUAGUAUUUCUCACAAAUCCAGAUAUUGUGGUCAUCGCUUUCAUCUUAAUGAUUUAGCUUGCCACUCGGUAUUGCCAUUAUUACUGACAACAUCACACCAUAAUGCAUUACGGACACCUGAUGUUGAUAACCAGAAACAACCUCAUGAUACUGUAAAUACUGAAGAAUGUUCUUUGAUACAACAAAAUAAAAGCACCACUGAUCAGGCAUUUCAAGAUCCCAAUGCAGUUUAUAGUGAGCUUAUUCUUUGGAGGGUUGAUCCAGUUGGGCCAUUGUCUUUUUCUGGAGGAGUGUCUGAACUUGCCCGGAUUAAUUCUCUUCAUGUUUCUGCCUUUUCCAAUGUGGCUUGGCUCCCUACUCUUAUACCCAGUUACUGUCUAGGUGCAUACUGCAACUCUCCUAGUGCGUGCUUUGUAGCGAGCGAUGGACAAUAUCUUAGGCUAUAUGAAGCAGUUAUUGAUGCCAAGAAGCUUCUGUGUGAGCUUUCCAACCCUGACAUUUCUAAAUAUGUCGGUGAAGUGUUUAACAUCGUCAGUCAGCAAUCAACAGCCAGGCCAGGAUGCAUUAUUGCAUUAGAUUCCAUUACUAAACUUCAAGGCAGAAAAACCCAGUUGCUCCAUGUUUUCCAAGAAGAAUUCAUUUUGAAUAACCUUGAGAAUAAAAGUGUGGGAAAAGACAGCAUUUUAUAUGAUGCAGGCAGCUCACCUAAUGGAUUUUCUGAAAAGUUCUAUCUAGUUGUGAUAGAGUGUACUCAAGACAACCGUUCACUGUUACGUAUGUGGAAUUUACAUUUGCGGUCAAUUCCUGUGUCACUGGAUGAAAGAGUAGACACAAAAAAUUCUGAAACAGCUUGGCUACCAGAAGAACAUUAUUGUUCUCCAGAGAAGAUCUUCUCUCCUUUUUCACAGAAGUAUCAGGCUUGCAGAGAAAAUCUCCAGAGUACCAGCAGGCUGUCUCUGUUGUCCGAAAUGGUAUAUAGCCACGAGAUGGAGUUGCCAGAAGGAGUUGAAAUAAUAAGUGUUAAACCUUCAGCAGGGCAUCUGAGCUCUUCUUCCAUAUAUCCUGUAUGCAGUGCCCCUUAUUUAUUGGCAACUUCAUGCUCAGAUGAGAAAGUGAGGUUUUGGAGAUGCAGAGUAACCGAUGGAGAACCUUCCACCUCGAAGGAUGGAAAAACCAAUGUGUCAUACGUUUGGGAAGAAUGGCCCUUACUGAUUGAAGACGGACUUCAGAGCAGUAGUAGCAUAGCUGUGCCUGGCAGGCCUGUAGAAGUUAGUUGCGCACAUACAAACCGUUUAGCAGUAGCUUACAAACAACCUGCAGGUAAUAGUAGGUCUUCUCAGGAAUUUGUGAUGCACGUAAGUAUUUUUGAAUGUGAGUCUACAGGAGGUUCGUGUUGGGUCCUUGAACAGACAAUUCAUUUAGAUGAGUUAGGCACAGUGCUGGAUUCUGGCAUCAGCAUUGAUAGCAAUUUAGUAGCUUAUAACAAACAAGAGGCAUAUUUACUCAAUAAAGAAAAUGUCACAUCAAACACAAAGCAUUUAGUUCAUUUAGACUGGAUAUCUAGAGAAGAUGGUUCUCAUAUCCUGACUGUAGGAAUUGGAUCAAAACUUUUCAUGUAUGGACCCCUAGCUGGCAAGGUACAAGAACAGACUGGCAAGGAAAGCCUGGCAUUGCCUGUCUGGGAGAGUACCAAAAUUGUGCCUCUUUCUAAAUUUGUACUGUUACGAAGUGUGGACUUGGUGUCCUCUGUAGAAGACACCCCGCCUUUUCCAGUUUCUUUAUCAUGGGUCCGAGAUGGCAUCCUUGUGGUAGGAAUGGAUUGUGAAAUGCAUGUGUAUUCCCAGUGGCAGCCAUCUUCUAAACAAGAACCUGUUACAACAGAUUCAUACAAUGGAAGCACUCCAUCUAUACUAAGCUUAAUAAAACAGAGUAGCUCAUCGAGUUCUGGAUUGCAUCCUCCAAAAAAACCUCUGACUCGAUCUAUGACCAGUCUUGCACAGAAAAUCUGUGGAAAGAAAACAGCAUUUGACCCUUCAGUGGAUAUGGAAGAUUCGGGUCUUUUUGAAGCUGCUCAUGUACUUUCCCCAACGUUACCUCAGUACCAUCCCUUGCAGCUUUUGGAACUCAUGGAUCUUGGCAAAGUUCGGAGAGCCAAGGCCAUCUUGUCCCAUCUUGUCAAGUGUAUUGCUGGGGAGGUUGUGGCUGUGAAUGAAGCUGAAUCCAAUCAUGAGCGCCGCCUUCGAUCGCUCACAAUCAGUGCUAGUGGAAGCACUACUCGAGAUCCCCAGGCAUUCAACAAAUCUGAAAAUACGGAUUAUACAGAAAUAGAUUCUGUCCCUCCGCUUCCUUUAUAUGCCUUACUUGCAGCAGAUGAUGAUAGCUGUUACUCAUCUUUGGACAAAACUAGUAAUGAGAGUUCCUUAAAUAAAUCCAACCAGAUGUCCAAAGGAAGUUAUGAUGAGCUUUUUCAGAUUCCAGCUCUAAUGCCCGAUGUUCAUAUGUUGGAGACAGAUGAAGAAAACACUAAGCCUAAAGUUAUUGACCUUUCACAAUACUGCCCAACUUACUUUGGCCCGGAGCAUGCUCAGGUUCUUUCUAGCCAUUUACUUCAUUCUAGUUUACCAGGACUCAGCCGGAUGGAACAGAUGUCUUUGAUGGCCUUAGCAGAUACGAUUGCAACUACAAGUACUGAUAUUGGAGAAAGUAGAGACAGAAGUCAAGGUGGAGAAACUCUUGAUGAAUGUGGACUAAAAUUUCUUUUGGCUGUUCGACUCCAUACCUUUCUUACAACUUCCCUUCCAGCCUAUAGAGCUCAGCUCCUUCACCAAGGCUUGUCUACGGGUCAUUUUGCCUGGGCAUUUCACUCAGUAGCGGAAGAAGAACUGCUGAACAUGUUGCCAGCAAUGCAGAAAGAUGACCCCACUUGGUCUGAACUAAGAGCUAUGGGUGUGGGGUGGUGGGUCCGGAAUACCUGCAUCUUACGCAAAUGCAUAGAAAAAGUGGCCAAAGCAGCCUUUUAUAGAAAUAAUGACCCCUUAGAUGCUGCCAUUUUUUACCUUGCAAUGAAAAAGAAGGCUUUGAUUUGGGGAUUAUAUAGGUCUCAAAAAGACACUAGAAUGACACAGUUUUUUGGACACAAUUUUGAGGAGGAAAGGUGGCGGAAAGCAGCUUUGAAAAAUGCUUUUUCUUUGCUAGGCAAACAAAGGUUUGAACAUUCUGCAGCCUUUUUUCUUUUAGCUGGUUGUCUCAGAGAUGCAAUUGAGGUAUGCCUUGAGAAACUAAACGACAUUCAGUUGGCUCUUGUAAUAGCAAGGCUCUAUGAGUCAGAAUUUGAUAAAUCUGCAACAUACAAGUCUAUUUUACGUAAAAGAGUUUUGGGAAUAGGUUCUCCUGUCAGUGAACUGAGUUCAUUGAACACAAAUGUACAUUGUGAUCCUUUUCUUCGGAGCAUGGCAUACUGGAUUUUGGAAGAUUAUAGUGGUGCUCUGGAAACAUUAAUAAAACAACCUAUUAGAGAGGAUGAUGAUGAUCAAGUCAUGUCAGCCUGUAAUCCUGCAGUUUUCAAUUUCUACAAUUAUCUAAGAACACAUCCUCUUUUGCUAAGACGCCAUUUUGGAUCAUCUGAUACAUUUUCCACACACAUGGGCUUACCAGGAAAAAAUGGACUGGCAGGAACAAUUAAUUUAAGCGAAAGAAGGUUAUUUUUUACUACUGCCAGUGCUCAUUUAAAAGCUGGCUGCCCCAUGUUGGCUUUGGAAGUAUUAUCAAAGAUGCCCAAAGUCAUCAAGAAAACAAAACCUUUAUGUAGAGCACCUAGUUUUAUUACUAGUAAAGAUUCGUCUCCACUAAAACAGGAUGCCAGGGAAGAUAGAUCUUCUAGUGUGGACUGGUCACAGCCACUCAUGAAUGGCUUUGAGUCUCCUUCAGAGGGCUCUUCAGAGAAGCAGUCAAAUUCCACUCUUUCUUUUGACUGGAGCCAACCAAGUGUUGCAUUUCAGGAUGACUCUUUGGACUUAAAAUGGGACAGUGAUAAUGAUGAAGAAAAUGAGGAUCUCCCUAUUUCAAUGAAAGAGAUAAAACCUUUGCAGAGGAAAGUGGAUAAAUUAGAUGAAACAAGUAAUUAUACAGACUCUUUCAGCACAAUAGAUGAAAGUGACAUUUUAAAUCCAUCAGAAGAUAUAAUUGCUGUUCAGUUAAAGUUUCGAGCAUGCUUAAAGAUCCUCACAGUAGAACUUCGUACACUAUCUACUGGCUAUGAAAUAGAUGGUGGCAAGUUGCGUUACCAGCUGUACCACUGGCUUGAAAAAGAGGUGGUAGCUCUUCAGAGGACUUGCGACUUUCACUCCGGUGCUGAAGAACUGCGGUCCACAGUCAACAAAGACAAAGGUGAAUUUGGAGUAGGUGAGGGUGCGGAUGCAUUGCGUCACCGAACAGAAGUAAAACAAUUGCAAGAGAAUUUCCAGGAAAAAAGGCAGUGGCUCUUGAAGUAUCAGUCACUCUUGAGAAUGUUCCUUAGUUACUGCAUACUUCAUGGCUCCCAUGGUGGAGGGCUUGCCUCUGUGAGAAUGGAAUUGAUUUUACUUUUACAAGAAUCUCAACAGGAAACAUCAGAACCACAAUUUCCUAGCCCUCUGUCAGAACAAACCUCAGUGCCUCUCCUCUUUGCUUGUACAGCCAGUGCCAAAACAGUGGUUGCCAAUCCAUUAUUGCACCUGAGUAAUCUAACACAUGAUAUUCUACAUGCCAUAAUACAUUUUGACUCACCACCUCAGCCUGAUAGCCCAAGCAAUAAAGUAUAUGUAAUGCACACUUUAGCAGCCUCACUUUCUGCUUGUAUCUAUCAAUGCCUUUGUGGUAGUCAUAACUACAGUUCAUUUCAAACAAAUCAGUUCACUGGAAUGGUAUAUCAGACAGUACUGCUUCCCCAUCGACAUUCCUUAAGAACAGGAAGCUUAGAUGAAUCAGUAACUCCCAACACUUCACCAGCUCAGUGGCCAGGAAUAACUUGUUUAACUCGGCUUUUGAAUUCUUCUGGUGAGGAAGCCCAGUCAGGACUCACAGUUUUGCUUUGUGAGAUCCUCACAGCAGUGUAUCUUAGUCUCUUCAUCCAUGGCCUGGCAACUCAUUCUAGUAAUGAACUAUUCCGGAUAGUAGCCCAUCCACUAAAUGAAAAGAUGUGGUCUGCAGUAUUUGGUGGAGGAGCGCAUGUUCCCAAGGAACAGACACAUACAAAACCUUUAUCUGUUUCUCCAUUAGUCGAAGAAGGAGAAAAACAAAACAAACAUUUUAAGCCAUCAAAAGUACCUUGCAGAGAAUCAGCCACAUUGACCUCUUGCUCACCACCAGUAAGUCAGGAGCUACUGAUGGUCAAAGAGAAAUUUAUCCCACCUGAGCUAAGUAUCUGGGACUACUUCAUAGCCAAGCCUUUUCUGCCCCCUUCCCAAAGUAGAGCUGAGUAUGACUCAGAGGAGAGUCUCGAAAGUGAUGAUGAUGAUGAUGAUAAUGAUGAUGAUGCUAUAUCUUCAGAUUUCCAUCUCCAUGAGCAUUCAAAUUCAAAUUCAUAUAGUUGGUCAUUGAUGCGAUUGGCUAUGGUGCAGUUGGUGCUCAACAAUUUGAAGACUUUUUAUCCCUUUGCAGGUCAUGAUCUUGCAGAGUUGCCAGUUAGUUCACCUCUUUGUCAUGCAGUUUUAAAAACUCUUCAGUGUUGGGAACAAGUUCUUCUCCGACGACUUGAAAUCCAUGGUGGACCACCGCAAAACUAUAUCUCAAGUCAUACUUCUGAAGAGAGUUUGUCUGCAGGACCUGCAAUUCUCCGCCACAAAGCUUUACUAGAACCUACAAACACUCCGUUCAAAUCCAAACAUCAUCUGGCACUGUCUGUGAAGAGGCUUUGGCAGUAUUUAGUAAAACAGGAAGAGAUUCAAGAAACCUUUAUCAGAAAUAUAUUCACCAAGAAAAGGUGUCUAAAUGAGUCAUUAGAGGACAAGAGUGAAACCAAAAAUUCUAUGAUGGAGGAGCCAAACAUCAAUAAGAUAGAAGCAGAUUUAGGAUAUCCUGGGGGUAAAGCAAGAAUUAUCCAUAAGGAAUCUGAUAUCAUUACUGCUUUUGCUGUUAAUAGAGCAAAUAGAAAUUGCAUAGCAAUCGCCUCCAGCCAUGAUGUUCAAGAACUGGAUGUUUCUGGAAUUCUGGCUACACAGAUCUAUACUUGGGUAGAUGAUGAUGUAGAAAUGGAAAACAAAGGAUCAGAAGACUUCUUGGUGAUACAUGCUCGUGAUGAUUUCACAGCUGUUCAGGGAACAACCCCGUAUACACACAGUAAUCCAGGCACUCCAAUCAAUAUGCCUUGGCUUGGUAGCACACAGACUGGCCGAGGAGCCGCCGUGAUGAUUAAAAAAGCCAUUAAUAAUGUCAGAAGAAUGACUUCUCAUCCAACUCUUCCUUACUAUCUGACAGGAGCUCAAGAUGGAAGUGUCAGAAUGUUUGAAUGGGGCCAUUCUCAACAGAUAACCUGUUUUCGAUCUGGUGGCAAUUCAAGAAUUACAAGAAUGAGAUUUAACUAUCAAGGAAAUAAGUUUGGAAUAGUUGAUGCAGAUGGAUAUUUGAGUUUGUACCAAACAAACUGGAAGUGCUGUCCAGUUACUGGGAGCAUGCCUAAGCCAUAUCUGACUUGGCAGUGUCACAACAAGACAGCCAACGAUUUUGUCUUCGUUAGUUCUUCCUCACUGAUAGCUACAGCUGGUCUUUCAACUGAUAAUAGAAACAUUUGUCUGUGGGAUACUCUUGUAGCACCUGCCAACAGUUUAGUUCAUGCUUUUAUCUGCCAUGAUAGUGGAGCCACAGUUUUAGCAUAUGCUCCCAAACAUCAGCUUUUAAUAUCAGGUGGCAGGAAAGGUUUCACAUGUGUAUUUGACCUUCGACAACGACAACAAAGGCAACUUUUUCAGAGCCAUGACUCCCCUGUUAAAGCCAUCGCUGUCGAUCCAACGGAGGAGUACUUUGUCACAGGAUCUGCAGAAGGCAGUAUUAAGAUUUGGAGUCUUUCUAACUUUAGUCUUCUUCAUACUUUUAUCAAUGAACAUGCUCGACAGUCUAUUUUUAGAAAUAUUGGAACGGGAGUGAUGCAGAUUGAGACAGGGCCAGCAAAUCACAUUUUCUCUUGUGGAGCUGAUGGAACAAUGAAAAUGAGAAUACUGCCGGAUCAAUUUAGCCUCUUAAAUGAAGUGUUAAAAAAUGAUGUGAAACUUAUGCUAUAACAUUAUUUCACAAGAAGAUAAUGUAAUUUAGCACCUGUUUGAUGAAGUGCCCAACGGAAUACACAGACAUCACUCCCUCCCUGCAUCACAACUAAGCUAAUGCUUCCUUACUUUCAUAUUUAUUUUAACGGAGCUUUGCCCUCUGCACUGAUGCCUUAAAAGUUAACAGAAUCAUUCAGAAUUAGAUCAUAUCACCUAAUGUAGAAUGUUAGAAUGUAUAAGUAAUGCUGUAUUAAUAUGUAUUUAUAAUACAUUAUAGUAAAUGUCAUAGUGUUAAAGGAACUUCGUUUUCAUACUGUUAAUAAGUCAUUUGCAGGUAUCUCUGCAUGAAUUUCAUUGCCAGUAAAAAAGAAAAACACCUCUUUAAGUGAAGCCAGUUGCAGAUAAUACUCAUCACUUAAUUCAUCACAUGCUCACUUCUGUUACCAUACAUCUCAAAUCGUUUUUCCUCUUAACAAUGAUAGGUUUAUAUUGGGGUAAGAAUAAGCCAAAUAAUGAACAUUAAAACUAUCAUUGUAAUAAAGGAGCCAAAUGAUUCAUUAAUAAAACUCUCAUGUUUCCCUUCUAGAAUCUAGAUUGUGUAUAUGUAAAUGUAUUUGUGUGUGUGUAUAUAUAUGUGUGUGUAUCAAGAUAGACAUCUUACACGCCUUGCGUGAACUUGGUGUUUGUUUGGUUUGGUUUGUUUGUGCAUGUCUUUGUAGAUGUUUUGGUGCCAUAAUAUGUACUGCCACGAGUAUGUAACUUGUUUCCAGCUGUUUGGUUUUUUUAAUGUUAUACUUGUUUUGAAUUCUCAUCCUAAUUUUAAAGUAAAUUUUAAGAAGGCUACCAAGACUAUUAUUUUGAAGAUUGCAUUAAAUCAAAUAAGUCUUAGUAGGCAGUAAAAAAAUAUGUGUUGGUACAUAUAAAGAUACCUAAGUUUAUGAAUUUGUCACAGAAAUUUUGAUAUCAACAUUUUAUUUAAAUUUUGUUUUCAUUUAAUUUUUAUUUUUAGACACUUUUAGCCUCAAAAUUCUGAAAAUGUUAUAGCAGUAUUUUUAGAAACAAAUGUCAAAACAGUCAAGUUUAAAUAGAAAGUAUUUAAAAAUUUUAAAUACCCUCCAGAUCUAUCAUUGGUAGAAAAUAAUCCUUGUAUAUCAUUGGUUUUGCCAAAGUAUAUUACUUCAUCAUAAAACUUGACUGAAAUAUUUAAAGUGCACAAUGCUUUUAGCUUAAAUAUGCUAACCCUGUUUCUGUCUGUUUUGUGCUGUAUCUUUUAUGAUUCAGAAUUAACAAAAACUUGGUAAAUACUUGAUUUUAACCAGUGAGACUGGAAACAGAGGGAUUAAGUAUUGAAGGGAUAGUUAUAUGCUAUUUAGCUUUAUUGUGUUUAGUUCAAACUAAAUCAAGACCAUUUCAUAUGUAAUGAGAUAUGGACAGCUAUUAUAUUAGAAAUUAAAGAGUCAAAUAAAGCAAAGAAAUGAAGGGCUGGUAAAAUGAAUUUUGUAAUAUACUCAGGAUACUUUUAUUAUAAAAGUAUAUUGUUAAAGAUUUUGUACAUUGUAUUUCAUAAUUUUAAAUAUAUUGAGCAGGUUGCAGUGAAGCCCCUGUCAUUACACAGAGAGUUUAUAUGCACACGAUAACCUAUACCUGUAAAUUGUGCAAUAACAAUAUAUGACUAUUUUGCCAUGGAGAAAUCUGUGACAACAUUGCAAACAAUAUUCUUUAUUUAGUUGUUAUUUUUUAGUAAUUUCUUCAUAAAUCAAGAUUCAAAAAGCUUUAAACAAUUUCGAUAAAAUAGAAAAUUUACUAUUGUGCUUAUUAGAACAAAAGGAAUUGGGGAUGAACUAUUAAGCAUUUUAAUUGAGGGUUUAUAUGAUUAAUCAAAAGUUAUGUAAGCCCAUAUGUAUUUCCAUCCAGAGUCAUAUUUUAAAUAAACUAUCAUGCAGAGA